AUGUCUCCCUUGUCACGUUGCAGUGUGUGUGUCUUCGUUGCCGCUGUGCUGGUCCACACUUUACAGAUGACAGAGACGCCAUUUUGAAAAGCAAAUUGUUCAUAGCACACCCGCACUGAGAACUGGAACUAUGCCGCGGGGCCGGCCUCGCAAACUGAGAGUUAUAAGCAACGACGAGACAGAUGCCAAUGAAAACAAAGUGGUCGGUUUCAGUGAUGGCGAAGUCAAGGACAAGAAGUGUGCAAUGUGUUCGCAUAUAUUUACCACGGAGAGCCAGCUGCAGAAGCAUCUCCGUGAGCAUGAGAUCAAUGACAAGCCUUAUCGAUGUGACCAGUGCCCACAGACGUUUAAUGUGGAGUUUAAUCUCCGGAUCCACAGGUCCACACAUGCCACCUCGGACUUUACCUGUCCUGUUUGCUAUAAAUCGUUCUCCCGCAUUGCUAGUCUCAAAUCCCAUACUAUGCUGCAUGAGAGGGAAGAGAAUUUGAUCUGUGUCGAGUGUGGGGAUGAGUUUGUUCUUCAGAGCCAGCUCUCUCUGCACCUGGAGGAGCACCGCAAGGAGUUGUCCGGCACCAAGGUCUACACUUGCAAGACGUGCGGCAAGGAGCUCAAGACAUCUGCACAUCUUAAGGAGCACAUGAGGAAUCACAUCAAAAUGAGACCGCUGUCCUGUAAUUCCAGAAACUACAAAAAAAACAUUGAUCGCAGUGGGUUCACCAACAGUUGCCAUCAUUGUGGAAAGGCUUUCAAAAAGCCCAGCCAGCUUGUCAGACACAUACGAAUACACACAGGAGAAAGGCCCUACAAGUGCUCACACUGCAGCAAGGCUUUUAACCAGAAGGUGGUACUGCAGACUCACAUGGUGAGACACACUGGGGAAAAGCCUCACCUCUGCAUAUUUUGCCCAGCUUCCUUUUCCCAAAAGGGGAACCUGCAUUCCCAUGUUCAGAGGGUUCAUUCGGAGGCAAGAGGUGUGCCGUUGUUUCCGUGUUUGGACUGCAGCUGUGUAUUCAAGAAGUUGGGCAGUUUGAACGCACACAUCAGCAAGAUGCACAUAUCUGUGAUCGAUGUACCGUCCAGCGCUUCGGAGACAGACACAGGAGGUCCUGCGGGGUCAGAGGGCGGAGAGGCAGUCACAGAUGUCAUCCAGCAGCUUCUUGAACUCUCUGAACAAGUCAGCGGAGAAACACCCCAGCCCCAACCCCCAGAGCCAGCUAUUACCAUGGAAACUGCCAUCAACCAAGACAUCCUGCAGCAAGCUUUGGAGAACAGCGGACUGAGUGUGGCACCAACACAAAAUGAGAAUGACAGUGACAGAAAGCCUCAGAACCAGACAUCCGAGGGUUCCAAUGUGGUGGUGAAAAAGACGUCGCUUCCAGAUAAAGUUUCCAGAGAAAGAAAAAGAAGCAUUUUUAAGAAACCUGUUCAAAUGCCAGGAUCCAUCAGGGAGGAAAAUGGCGUCCGUUGGCAUGGCUGCCCAUAUUGCUCCAAGGAAUUCAAGAAGCCGAGUGACCUUGUCCGCCACAUCCGCAUCCACACCCACGAGAAGCCUUUCAAGUGCAAACAGUGCUUCAGAGCAUUUGCUGUCAAGAGUACCCUCACAGCGCAUAUGAAAACUCAUACAGGCAUAAAGGCAUUUGAGUGUCAGUGCUGCCUGAAGUGUUUCUCCACUUCUGGUAGCAUGAAGGUGCACAUGCGGCUGCAUACAGGUGUUCGUCCUUUCUCUUGCCCUCACUGUGAUAAGAUCUUUCGCACAUCAGGACACAGAAAAACACAUAUAGCCUCUCAUUUUAAAAACUUGCAGCAGAAGAAGCACAAGUUUCCACGAAAAGCAAACAAAGCUAAAGUGUCAAAGAACAAUUUACCCUUACCUGACAUCCCACUGCAAGAGCCCAUUCUUAUUACUGACUUUGGCCUCAUCCCAUCUCAGAACCCUCGCCUGGCUUUCCAGCAGUACCUGGAGGUGGUGGGCACUGAUAGGCCAUAUAAGUGCCAGUUCUGCAAUAAGGCUUAUAAGAAGUCUAGCCAUCUGAAGCAGCAUGUUAGGUCUCAUACAGGAGAAAGACCACACAAGUGUGUGCAGUGCGGUCGAGGUUUCGCAUCUUCAGGGGUCCUCAAAGCCCAUAUCAGAACCCACUCAGGACUUAAGGCGUACAAGUGUGUCAUGUGCGACACAACGUUCACCACCAGCGGUAGUCUGCGGCGCCACAUGACAACCCACAGUGACCUACGACCUUACAUGUGCCCUUACUGCCAAAAAACCUUCAAGUCAUCUCCAAACUGUAGAAAACACAUGAAGACACACAGAUAUGAACUGGCUCAUCAGCUGCAGCCGCAGCCAGCGGAAGACCCUCUUGGAGCUGGCACUGUGCCUCAUGAAAUGCAGGUGGACAUGGAGGACAACACGCUUCAGCAACAACCUGAAAAUUCAAAUGAGCAAGAAAACAUGCUGGCUCUUGGCCAAGCAGAGGGUGUAAACGGAAGCCAAACGACACUUGAAGCACCAAUGACUGACCAACCACUACAAGGAGAAGACUCAUAUGUGACUGCCCAACAUGCUUUGUCUCAGAAUAUCACCCAGUUUGAAACGGCGGCCCUUCCUCAGCCCACUUUUGACCAGCAAGCUUUAGCGCAAGGCUUUGCAAUGGCUGAGUCGAGUUACAACCAGGCCCAGUUCUCCACUGUCCAGCAGCUACAGGAUUCCAGCACUCUUGAGUCCCAGGCCCUGUCCUCCAGCUAUCACCCACCGAGUCUGCUUCAUGAUCCCAAUGCUGAAGUGACAAACGGGCUUCUUCAGCAGAACAGUCAGGAAGACCUGCAGCUUACCACCGAGCCACAGGAGUACCAAGAAGACAGUGAAGACAACAUCAAGCGAGCAUACAGGUGCAGUUGGUGUAACAAAGGUUUCAAAAAAUCUAGUCAUUUGAAACAGCAUUUGCGUUCGCACACUGGAGAGAAACCAUAUAGAUGUCCCCUUUGUGGAAGAGCUUUUGUGUCAGCUGGGGUGCUCAAAUCCCAUCUGAAUACACAUACAGGAGUGAAGCCCUUCAAGUGUAACAUUUGUGACGCCUCAUUCACAACCAAUGGCAGCCUGAACCGCCACAUGAUCAUCCACGCCAAGUCGUUCAAAUGCUCCGUUUGUGACGAGAGCUACAGGACAAGCCUGCUGUGUAAAAAGCACAUGAAAAAAGAGCACGCCGUAGAGGACAAAGUUAUUGGUUCGGAAGGUAUGGAAGUGGAGCAAGAGGAUGAGGAGGAAGAGGAGGAGGAGGAAGAAGAUGAAGGGGAUCCAAAAACAUCUAAAAGAAGGGGUACGGAAAUCAUCACUUUUACGGAGGAGCAGACGGCAGAACUGGCAAAGGAUCCUGGUGAGGAGGCAUCCGUGUCGGAGAGAAUCCUUGCCCAGUCCGCAGCGGAGAGGGAUCGCAUCAGCGAGAUUAAAGAUAAAGCUGUGGAGCUAGAAACAGAGCCCAAGUUUGCCAACUGCUGCACUUACUGCCCCAAAAGCUUUAAGAAGCCCAGCGACCUUGUCAGACACAUUCGAAUACACACAGGGGAGAGACCCUACAAGUGCGAUGAAUGUGGAAAGAGUUUUACGGUCAAAUCUACUCUGGAUUGUCACGUUAAGACACACACAGGUCAGAAACUGGUCAGCUGCCACAUGUGCAACACAUCCUUCUCUACUAAGGGAAGCCUAAAAGUGCACAUGCGCCUCCACACUGGUUCCAAGCCUUUCAAAUGCCCUUUCUGUGAGCUCCGGUUUCGGACUUCUGGCCAUCGCAAAACCCACAUCCAGUGCCACUUCCGGGCUAAUGGCGAGAGACGAAAAUCCAAGCGUACCUCAUCUUCUUCUGGUCAGACCAGUCACAUUCAAGACUCAGACACCGGGCAUGCUGGGGCCUCGGAUCAAGGCCAGCAUACAACAUCGACAGAAGCACUUCAGCCUGUAGGGAUGCUACAAACCUCCAACUCCGACUCUAAUAUUUACCUCCCAGCAAACCAAGUGCUGACUGGGCAGUUUGACCAGAAUCUGUUACAGUCGGGACUGGUGGGACAGGCAAUUCUGCCUGCCUCUAUGUCAGGAGAUCUGAAUGUUUCCCUCUCUGAUGGCCUGACCACAUUGGAGAGUAUUCAUCUCCAAUUGACGCCUGCCAAUCUGGUGUGCCCGAAUGUGCAAAUCUCUGGCAUCGACGCAGGCAGCAUAAACAACAUCACUCUACAGAUCGACCAGGCACUCCUUCAGCAGACGCUACAACACAGCGGCCUACUUUCCCAGCCUCUAAGUGUCGACACUGGCCUUGUCCUCCACUCCGGCAGUCAGCUCAUGUCCACCAGUGACCCCUCUGUGUCGGCAAAUGUUGUCAUCCACCCCCUGAACAGUCUGACCUUGCAGCCCUCCAACAUUGCACCUGCCCAGGUCACAAUGGCUGGCCUUUCAGAACAAGACACUGCAAGCUCUCAGGACCUGAGCCAUGUCAUGGGUAGUAAUGCAGGCAAUAGUAGUCAGGAGAUCACCCUCACAAUCAAUAAUUCCAGCCUGACACAAGCCCUCGUACAGGCCCAGGAAACAGCUUCUGGCACAAACACAUCAGGAACGCCUCAGGAGAUCACACUCACCAUAUCAGGUCAAGAUCUAAUCUCCCAGCACGGCAACCCCAACAGUGCAGAGAUGAACGGCAGCAUCAGGCUGGCAUCACCGCUCACUACCCAGCCCACCAGCGCCACUCUGACUAUUUCCAAUGACCACCUUCUACCUCAGAAUCCCACCAACACUGGAAUGGCUGUCACCAGUCUUGCAUCAAGCACUACGCUGUCACACACCUCCUCAUCUCAAAGCCUAGUUUUGUCACCAGGAGUUGUGGCCAAUGAUGGCAGCGUAACACUCACUAUUGCAGAUGCCCAGGGAAUGCUCGAUGGCGUCACUGUGAACCUCAACACACAGGCUCAGACGUUCCCCGCAGUACUAAAUGACUCCAGUCUACCACAAGGGCAGCCUGCCACUUCAGGACAGCCAGUGCUGCUGGUCAGCCAUCAUUCCCAAUCUACAAUAGGAACAUCUGACAAUGGAUAUCACAUGGCGAAUAAAGGCAGUAAAGGCGAGAAAGGUGACUCCACUGAGGCUGAUAAUCAGCACACAUGUUUCUACUGCGCUCUUGUGUUCCAAAAUGCCAAUUCUCUCCGCCGCCAUUGCCGACAAGCUCACAGCAAUGACCGUUGCUACGUCUGCAACAUCUGCAACAAGGCCUUCAAGCGAGCAAUGCACCUGAAGGAACAUGAGCAAGUGCACCAGCCAGGCCCAUCGCUGAGCUCCCUCAAACCUAGAGACUUCAGCUGCUCCUCAUGUGGGAAGGCAUUCCCUAAGCGCAGUCAACUGGAACGACACAACCGCACACACACAGGAGAGCGGCCCUUUAAGUGUUCUCAGUGCGACAAAGCCUUCAAUCAGAAGAGUUCGCUGCAGGUGCACAUGGUCAAACACACGGGCAAAAAGCCCUUUAAGUGUGAGAUUUGCAGCAUCAGAUUCACCCAGAAGAGCAACAUGAGACACCACAUGAAGAGAGCCCACGGCUACGGUCAGAGUCAGGAUGUGACGUUGCGCCAAGAAGAGCCACCAUCACAGGUCACAGUAACACCUGAACUUGACCUGGAAGUGGUGCCUGAGUCAUCUGGAGAUUGGCAUAAUGUCUUCCCGUUAAUGAAUACCGAAAAGACUCUUUAGACAACAAAAGUUUUAGACAACAACAUUUUUUCCAGACAUCCUUCAUCUGAUUUUCAUCAAUGUGAUAACCUCCCGAGAUGUCUGUCCUAUUAAAUCUGCUGUAUACCACAGAUAGGCGGCCGCCUCGGUGGCGCUUGCGUUUCGAACAAGCUGUAAUCCCACCCUCUUCCUCGUCCGACCAUAAGUGACGCCCCACAAAUACACACACACGUGCAGCGAAAGAAUAACGUCACGUUGCAAAGGAAGUGUUUGGAAACUGAUUUCACUCACGGUUCAACAACAAUGUAGCAACCAUAGCAUUUAUUUUAAAAUCCUUUCGCCCUCUAAGAUCUCUUAUGUUGGGCAAGCUCUUUAGCGUCAUCUUCGCCGGCCAGAGUGGCCGUUUUUACAAAGUUUUCUCAAGGCAUUCAAUGAAACUAUUCAGUUUGUCUCAGAAGGAGUUUCGCCUCUCAUGUGAGCAGACUUCAUGAUUUCAUGCUCACAGACUUAGACUGGUCAGAUCUAGUUUGAGCACUUGGUUCCAAAACCCAAAUUAUUUAUCCUCUACAGCAGGGGUGUCAGGCCCGCGAACAGGUUUUAUCCAGCCCGCGGGAUGAGUUUGCAAAGUAUAAAAAUUAACCUAAAAUUUUUGAAUGAAAGAAACAGCUGUUCUAAAUGUGUCCACUGAAUGUCGCAAUAGCAAUUCUGUCUUUGAAUAAAGGAAAAUAAAACACGGUACUAAAAUAAUGAAUUAAAUCUUUGACCGACCACUAAAUAAAGCCCGCAUACCACAGUUUGAGAAUCUCUGCUCUAGAUGAAUGAGUAUAUUAAUAGGUAUUUUUUCUAAAGUUUAAUUUCUCUUUGAGACAAACGUCAACAUUUGCGUGUUAUAUGUGUUCUCCUAAAACGCUAUCACAUACAGCAGAUUUAAGUACAGACAUCCCGAGAACUUGCAAGAAAAGAAAUCCCAUUUCUGUAAAAAAAAAAAAAAAAAAAAGUCACCUGAUUACUGGUCUGCUCGCUGGGACGAGUGCAGCCAGCGGUACUACUCGAAUGGCUUCAGAAAAGCAGCGUUGCAAGAGCACUUUUUUUUUAAUGGUUUAUUUCAUUGUUUGGUUCUCACAUAUUUAUAUUGUAAAUACUCAUUUUUAUGUAGCUCCUUAUGUACAUAGACAGAUUGUUUAUUCUUUGGGAUGAUCUUCCACAGCUUGGUGUCAUUUGAGCCUAUUACUGUGCUUAUUGCAAAGCAGACAUAUUUUUUCAGUUGUUUUUCUAUUGUCUAUAUAAAAGCCUGAAGAUUAA